AUGGAAGGCAGAGGCACUGAUGAGCUGGCGCAAACGCUCAAUGAGUACCUGUGUGACAUUUUGGAGGAGUUCCUGAUUUUUGGAGGAGACAUCUUGAAGUUUGCUGGAGAUGCUGUGCUGGUGCUGUGGAGAACACCACCCCAGGAGGUGGCCAGGACCAUCAGCCUGGUGCUGCACUGUAGCCGGCAGAUCCAGAAGAAGUACGGAAGGCGUGACACAGAUGUGGGGCAGAAGAUCCAACUGAAGAUAGGGAUCUCUGCAGGGACCAUGAGCCUCCCGGUUUUCGGAGAUGAGAGCUGGCAACACUUCUGCAUUUUUGGCCCGUGCCUGGCUGAAGUUCGUGAUGCCGAAGAGGUUGCGGGUGCAGGUGAAGUUUUCCUCUCGGCCACCUGCUGGGAGCUCUGUGCCAUGAGGCCUGCUCUUCUCUUGCCCAGUGACCUGAACGCCAAGGAUGUGCUUAGGAAGUACAUACCAGUCGCUGCUCUCGGGAAGCUCGAUGCAGGACUGCCCAUGGAUCUCCUCUCUGAGCUACGGCCAGUCACCUGCAUCUUUGUCCAGCUGCAGCUUGCUGCAGGUACCAGCUCGGAGCAUCUCAGCACCGUCCUCAAGGAGGCCAGCAGGGUGAUGCUAGAAAUCCUCUCUCCUCACAAGGGCCACAUCAACAAAGUCCUCCUGUGUGAUAAAGGCUGCACGUUCCUCUGCGUGCUGGGACUCCCUGGAAACAAGCUGCCCUGUGAGAGCAUUCACGCCCUGCAGAGUGCUCUGGAGAUCUUCAACUCGUGCUCCACCAUGCUCAAGGAAAGAGAACCUGGUCGGAAGCAGGAGACUGACCUCUUUGUCAGCUGCUUGAACGCCUAUAGGGAUUCAGGCCAAAGGAACAUCCUGGCGGUUGAGGGCACGAUGGGCUGUGGAAAGAGCCACUUACUUGCUGAACUGGCCUCUCUAGGCCAGGAUGCUGGCCACAGCGUGGUUGCCCUGGAACUGCUGGAGAUCGACAUGAGGCAGCCCUUCUCUGCCAUCCGCAUGCUGAUGGCCAGGGCCCUGGGCCUCCAGGACUGUGAAUCGCACGGCGACAGGCAGCGCGUGCUGAAGACAAAGCUGCAAGGGACAAUCGAAAAGAGCAGCUACUGCCUCCUCAAUGACAUUUUCUGCGUCAAGUUUCCCAUUUCGGACAAUGAUCGCGAGAUGGAUGAAACUCAAAGAAAACUGGAAUUGCACUCGACUCGGCUGAAAGUGCUGGAGAAGGCUCUGUACUCGUUGGACGAGCUGGUGAGCGACAACAUCCUGAAGCGGCUGAAAAACACAGAGGUGCCAGAAGAUGUGCAAGAUCCUACCGAGGGGCCAGCCACCUCUUCACAGGUGGAGAGCAGUGUGCAGAGGCCCUCUCCCAGCACGAGGACCGAGGAGCAGCAGCCUGGCGUCCUGGCCUUCUGCGUCCCACUGCUGCAGAAGGCUGCGUACGAGCUGUGGCCCGAGAGCCAGUGAGUUGCCUUGAACGGCAAGUGUGCCGCCUUCCUGGAGCAGCACGCGCACAAAUGCAGGAGCUGCGGCCAAGGGGAGUUUGUCGCCUUCCACCACUUCGCCGUCACCAGCAGCCAGGAUGGAGGCAGCUGUCGGGACCCUGCCAAGGGAGGCGACUCAUGCAGCUGGGAGGCCUUGGUGCUGGCUGGAGAAGAGCUGAAGCGGGAUAGGACCCAUGCCACUGGGGAUGCCGCAGAGCAGCAGGCUUUCACAGAGGAGGAAACUGGUGUGGCGGAGCAGCUUCUGCCAGAGGGCGAACAGACAACUGAGCUGCCCGACGAGACCGACAGGCAGCACAACGGCACACACUGGUGUGAAUGCCGAGCCAUCGUGGAAUCGGUGCUUGUGCCUUUGGCUCGCCACUACGUGGCAAUGGGCGAUGCCGACCGAGCCUUUUACUACCUUCUGGAGUGUGCUGCUGCCUACCUGCACGUCUCCAACAGCUACGUGGCCCUCAUGAAACUGAACGAAGCGGAGGUCCUGAGGAAGAUGAAAGCCACUGCGAUAGCCUGCUUUGAAGAGGCCACCUUCUUCAGCCUCAAAGGGGAGGUUUGCUGGUGUAUGCAACGCCUUCGGCUGGCAGAGACAAUGAUGAGGGAGGCUUUGAGCUUGCUCAGAAGGAACUUCCCCGAGACCUCCCCUGGCGCCUUUGUCAAGGCUCAGGUGGAAAAGUUGCCUUGUGUCGCUUACGUGAGAGCAGCCUGCCUUCUGCAGAAGGGCCGGUAA